CGCCGCUUUCGAUCCCCAACAGUGGAACAACCCUUCAUCCAAUCCGCUGCAAUGUUCGGUUCUUCCCCUAAACGCUCGUUCCCGAUCCCAAAUCCUCUCCCAGGGCGCGAUUUUUCGAUGGAUUCUUGAUGGGAUCCGAUGUGCUGUAGCUAGGGUUUCCCACCCCCCAUGGCGUCUGAGAACGGCAUCGCCUCCGGGAUGGUCUUCCAGGGCGAGUCCUUCCCUUUCUCCCGCGGCGACGGGGAGCCGUCGGGUCAGCGGACCGUGAGGCCUGCCGGUUUCCCCGGCGUAGACGGCGAUGAGAUUUUCUCCGGCGAGCGCGACGCUCGAUUUUACCGUGACCUACACCGCCCCCCUCCGCCGGGUCAGAGCUGGGGCGGCUUGGUGGACGGCGGGUCGCAUAGCGGCGACGGGCCCCACGGCGAGGAUGAAGAGGACGACGAGGAAGAUGGCGAUGAUGACGACGAGGAUGUUGAUGACGGAGAUGGCUUGGUGUCCUUGGAAGAAGGUAACAAUAAGGUUAACUACAAUAGUAGCGGUAGUGUACAGAGUAGCUCGGAGAAGAUCUGCGAUGAGCGGGCCAUUUCGCAGGAGCAUCACUCGUCUUUUGGAUCUAGUAGAGGAGUCUUGCUUAAGGAUGGACUUGGAGGGAGAGGGGGCUUGGUGGAGCAACAAUACCAGGAGGGCCGGAUGGAUGGCUGCGAGAAUGCUGUUGUGGUCAUGGAACCUGAGCCAUAUUUCACUCAUGUUUUACAUGGGGCAGAUGAAUCCUCUCAUCAUAAGGAGGUCAGAGGGGAGAAUGGUUGUGGGUUCAAUGGAAGAAGGGAGGUCGGGUUAGCUGCUGGGUACUGGGAGACUUUGAGGACACAGCUAUCAGAUCCUAUAACGGGAACUCUCAUGGAUGAUGCAAUGAUACUGUCAUGUGGGCAUUCUUUUGGAAGUAGUGGAAUGCAACAUGUUUAUAAAAUGAAAGCUUGUUACACAUGUACUCAGCCUAUAUCAGAAUACUCUGUCCGACCAAACUUGACUCUUCGUGCCACUGUUCAGGCAUUCCGCAGGGAAGAUGAAUUGCAUUUGUUUAAAGCAACCAAGAGAAAAAGAGAGAGGUUUGAGCAGGAAAAGUGCAAUCACAAUGAUUCUUUUUCCAUGGAUCUUUCUCGUGGUAAAGGUGUUCAAUUUCCAUUUGCUGUAUCUGACAAGGUUAUUAUCAAGGGGAACAAGAGGACUCCACAAAGGUUUGUUGGUCGUGUAGCAGUUGUGACAACGCAGUGCUUGAAUGGAUGUUGUCAUAUACAGGUAUGUCGUGAAGACAUUGGACAAUGCUGAGAGUGUCAAAUUGCAGUAUCGGUCGUUAGAAAAGCUUGUGGAUGAUCAAGGUCCCCAUAUUAUCUCGGACAAAGCUCAGACCCCAAACUGGCUGUAAAAGGCUAUAAGGUGCUUCAGAGAGAAGUAUUUUUCUGAUUUUGCUGGUCAACUCUAUUGAAUAUAAAAUAUUUUGUAUGGUGUACUCCAGUACACUGGAUAAGCUUUCUUGCAGGCUUAGCAAGUGUUUUCUGAGGUUGGGCUCCAUAACUCAAGUAAUUAUUUCUGCCAGAGGAAUCCCACAGGAAGCCUUUACAACAAGCUCACAUAUUAUGUAUCUGACUGAUUAGGUGAUUGAGUUCUGCAAUUGGGUAGACAUCAUCCAAUUUGGUCAGAAGCAUCUCUAUGAUGGGUUUUACUGCAUCGCUGCUCAUGAAUCUUUUUGUAGCUACAUUUUAACGUGAGACAAGAAUACAUGAUUCGCCAACACUGCAGUGGCUCAAGAAGCUGUUAUACCAAGAGAAUUGUGUACUUUGGAAUGUAAAUGUAUGAAGUUCUGUGAUCUGUUAGAAUUUCUGUUUCUACCGCCCUACAACCAUCUUGUAUUUGGUGGGUUGUAACGUUGUAAUUUCAAUGAACUCAUGUGUUGGUUAUUCCUCGAGUUUGGGUGGCACAUUUUCUUAGUUUAUGAGUUUUGUAUGGUGAAGAUCAUAGACUUGUUGUAUCAACCUCAAUUUGAGCUAUAAGAAGCAAAUAUAGAAACUUGUUCAUGCU